UUUUAGUUUUUAUUAAGAGACAGAGAGCGAGAGCUUUAAGAAAAAACAGCUUAUUGCGUGCGCAGUAAUUGAACCAUCAAGACGUCUAAAGUUUUUAUACGCAACAGUAGUAAAUUAACGUGCGUCGCUCACAUUAGUCAGUCGGUCGGUGGUUACAAAGAACGGUAAAAUUUAAAAUAAAAUAAAAAAAUAUUUUUUUCGUUUUAAAUAAAUUUAAAUACGUAAAAUUGCUUUUUAAUUAGCGGUAUAAAAAAAAGUCGAUUAUUUAUAAUUACGUACACCCAAACAAAUAUAGAUAAAAACAAAUAAAAUCGUAUCUAGUUAAAAUAAACAGAAAAAAUAAUAAUUAAAAAAAAAACAAAAUGGUGGAAACUGUAGUAACCGUUGAACGCACCACAACCUCACAAACCGCGACACCCACAACAGGUGGUGGUUUAAGUGCACUGAGGAUUAAUAUAGGAUAUUUCCAAACUGUUCCUGGUAUUAUUAAACUUGUGCAAUUUAUCUUGGGUAUAAUUUGCAUGGCUUGCGCUUCACCUGCCAUCAUUUCAGCCACAUCUUUCUUCCUGUUUGUUGUGGUAGUUUCAUUUAUAGCAACACUGUUAUGGAUCUUUGCUUACCUUUUGGGUAUUCGAGAAGCUCUUAAUGUUGCCAUCAAUUGGAUAUUCACAGAACUUCUCAAUACUGGUAUUGCAGCCCUUCUCUAUUUUAUUGCUUUUGUAGUGCAAUUGGCCAAGUGGUCACCAGCGUAUGGCCACAAUUAUUAUGGUUCAAAUAUUGCUGCUGGUGUAUUUGGCUUGUUCAACUUUUUGGCCUAUGCUGCUGGUACAUAUUUCCUGUAUUUGGAGCAUAAGAGUGGUGCUACAAUAUAAGCGAAGAUUACUUUGCCGAAAAAAAAAACAGCAAGCAGUUCAAAUAUCAAACAUACCAAUCAAUAUUUAAUGAAAAGUGUUCGAAGAAAGGCAUUUUUAAUUAAAACGCCCACGCAUUCAAUUGCAUAAAAAUAUGUGUACACCGAAGUAAUAUAUCAAUAUAACAUAAUAUACCAAUAAGAACAAAAUACCAACAAUUUAUUAUUUAAUUAAAAAAAUAGCUAAAUAUUAUCCUCUUUGUACUUGGACAGCACUAAAUAUAAAUCAACCCCUUUAAUCCCAGUGGAGUGUAAUACAUAAUUGAACAAUACUGUUGAAUUAUCUCUAACAUAAUAAAAUUAAAAUAGCAAAGAAAAUAACGAAAAUAGUCAUCGAUGCAAUUAAUUAAGCCAAAACAAUUUAAAUCACACACACACCCAUUAUUAAUAUUAAUAAAAUGUUAAGAUAAUUAUGUAUUUAAGUAAUUUAUAAUUUUAAUAAAUGUAUUUUUUUUUGUUUGGUUUUUAUUGACAAUUUUCUUAACUCUUGUUCGUAUACAUAGUUUGUUUAAAAUUAAUUAAUGUGUGUUUUAAUUUUUAUUAUUUAAUUUUUUGUUUCUAGUUUCGUUUUAUAAUUUUUCUCUAAACAAAUAUACAUACAUACAUGCAUACAUUGAUAUUUAUGUAUGUAGUAUAUUUUUUGUUAUUAUUUAUUUACCAAUAAUUUUACCAUAUGUGUAAAUGUUUUACAAUUGUAAUUCAUUUUUUACUUUUUGUAAUAAUAAAAUAAAACAACAACAA